AUGGAAAAGCCCUCCGUCUUCCCUGAAAUUCUACCUGGGACUUCCUCCUUUGGUCACUUCAUCAAACCGUCUCCUUCCUGUUUUGUGCGAAUACCUAUCAUCAUCACUGUCAGAGGGGCAUGGAAACUCUCCGUCUUCCCUGAAAUUCCACCUGGGACUUAUCCUCUUUGGUCACCUGAUCAAACCCGUCUCCUUCCUGGCUUGUGCGAAUACCUCUCAUCAUCACUGUCAGAGGAGCAUGGUGCCUCCUCUUCCCUAAAAUUCCAUUUGCACUUAUCCUCUUUGGUCACUUCAUCCAAAACCCCCUUUGUGCGAAUACCUCUCAUCAUCACUGUCAGAGGGGGCAUGGAAAGCUCUCCGUCUUCCCUGAAAUUCCCAUCUGGGAUCAUCCUCUUUUGGUCACCUGAUCCAACCCCGCCUCCCCUUCCUGCUUUAGGGGCAUGGAAAGCCCUCCGUCUUCCCCUGAAAUUCCACCUGGAACUUGUCAACUUUGGUCACCUGAUCAAACCUGUCUCCCUUCCUGGUUUGUGCGAAUACACUCUCAUCAUCACUAUCAGAGGGGCAUGGAGUCCCUCCGUCUUCCUGAAAUUCUGCCUGAGGGGUAUGGAAAGUCCUCCGUCUUCCCUGAAAUUCCCCCUGGGACUUAUCCACUUUGGUCACCUGAUCAAACCGUCUCCUUCUGCUUUGUGCGAUACCUCUCAUCAUCACUGUCAGAUGGGCAUGGAAAGCCUCUCCGUCUUCCCUGAAAUUCCACCUGGGACUUAUCCUCUUUGGUCACUUCAUCAAACCCGUCUCCUCUUCCUGCUUUGUGCGAAUACUCCAUCAUCAUCACUGUCAGAGGGGCAUGGAAAGCCCUCCGUCUUCCCUGAAAUUCCACCUGGACUUAUCCUUUGGUCACUUCAUCAAACCCGUCUCCUUCCUGGUUUAGGGCAAGGAAAGCCCUCCGUCUUCCCUGAAAUUCCACCUGACUUAUCCUCUUUGGUCACUUCAUCAAACCCCGUCUCCUUCCUGCCUGUGUGCAGAAUACCUCUCAUCCCCACUGUCAGAGGGGGCAUGGAAAAGCCCUCCAAAUCUUCCCUGAAUUCCCUGGGACUUAUCCUCUUUGGUCACCUGAUCAAACCCGUCUCCUUCCUGCUUUGUGCGUAUAUUUCUCAUCAUCACUCAGAGGGGCAUGGAAAGUCCUCCGUCUUCCUGAAAUUCCCCCUGGGACUUAUCCUCUUUGAUCACCUUGAUCAAAACCUGUCUCCUUCCUGCUUUUGUGCGAAUACCUCCCUCAUCAUCACUGUCAGAGGGGCAUGGAAAGACCUCCGUCUUCCCUGA